CUCGCCAUCGACCAUGGGAAACCCUUUCACGUGGUGCUCCAGCCCAGGUUGGCGGAGAUGGCUCAUGCUAGCACUACUCCCAACCAUCCUUUUCUUCGUCUUUGUGCACAGAACAGACUCUCCUAGCAGUGCACGCCUGAUUGCCAACCUCAAGCCUCAUACCCCCGUGGCCCCUGCCAAUCUCCACGUCCUCGUCCCCGCCGACCACAAAGAUGCCAACCUCUGCAAAACCCUCAUCACCGCCGCCGUAGCGGGCUUCUCCACCCCAACCCUCAUCAACUGGGGCAAGAAGUUCGACGACAAGAAACUGGUAGCAGGCGGCUCUCACCUGGCCAAAAUCAGCGGUGUCCUCACCUACCUCAAACAGCUCGACCCCGAGCGAGACAACGACCUGGUCCUGAUAGUCGAUGGCUACGAUAUAUGGUUCCAGCUCCGUCCCAGCGCCUUGAUCGCGCGCUACCAUGCCAUCAACGCCGCAGCAAACACUCGCAUUCGCAAAACCAUGGGCACAGCCGCCGUCAACGCCGAAAACAUCGAACAAACCAUCCUCUUCUCCGCCCAGAAAAGAUGCUGGCCCUGGAAACCAGACGACCCCCCUUGCUACGCCGUCCCUGAAUCCUCCCUCCCCUCCGAUGCAUACGGAGACAAAACAGACACCGACAUUGGCUUCGAGAAAAACCCCUACGUCAAGUUCCGCCAGCGCUACCUCAACUCCGGCGACGCCAUCGGCCGUGUGGGCGCUAUGCGCGCGCUCUUCGAACGCGCCCUCGAGCUCGCGCAGCGGGACCCGAAUUUCGGCAGCGACCAGAAGAUCCUGAGCCAGAUCUUCGGUGAGCAGGAGUACCAGCGCGAAGUCAUCCGCUCGCGGCACCGCACGUCGUGGCAGCGCCUCACAGACUGGUCGAACGGGCGCACCAGCUUCCUCGACACGCAGCCCACGCGCGAGCACCUCCCCGGCCGGACCGCAGAAUUCGGCAUCGGGCUCGACUAUGCGAGUUUGAUCGGCCACCCGACUGUGUUUGCGGAAGAGGACGCAGAGUGGCUCUCGCACAGCGAUGGGAAACAUGUCGCGCACGUUUCAAAGGACCUCGGGGUUGAGCCUCCGCGUGUUGGCGCCCUCGCGGAAGAUAUCGCAGAGUCGAGACCGCCGUUUAGAUUCGUGGCUCCUACCACAAAACUCGCGUUUAAUACUUCGUGGUCAGAUGUCCCGUUGUACACCAAUGUGUGGACAAGCGUGGUCCCGGGUCUGAUCCACCACAACGCUCAUCGCGACGGCCUUAAGAAGCUGAGAGUCACCGUUUGGGACCGCAUGUGGUAUUUCAAAGAUCUGCGAUCUCUUUACGAUUCCGCGAAUGCGUCGCCGAAUGGCCCGAUUGCUGUGGUCGAUGAUGAAAAGGGUAGGGAGCAGGCCUGGUGGCCGCCGUUCAAAGAGAAGGGUGGGGCUAUGUCUGAUGCCGGGGAGUGGUUGCCGUGGGAAGAUUUGUGUGCGGAGUUUGACAAGGAGGUUUUUAGAGAUGAGAAGAAGUAGUGACAUCUGGAGUUUUGGUAGCGCUGUGUGGGAAUCAUCAUGACAGUUAGACAGUGUAUACACGUUUAGCACAUCGCGAAGUACUGAGUUUCUGCUGAAUGUAUUGAAUCGAAUUGUGAUGUGAGGUUUUUUUCUUCUUUUUUUUUGUACGAGUAACAUCAAUUUUUCAUCGUCAUAAGAACACACCAAAUUGUGAACCAUGUAAUUCGUGAUAUUCGCUAGAAACAUAACCUCAUCAGCGACCCACCAGGGUACCAAAACUCUAUAAACAAUGCACGCCAAUCCCUUGUUCAGCUCUUGAACAAGAAAACCACCCAAAAAAACCAUGAUCCAAAAAUGCAAUAACCAUACAAUGCAACAACGCCUCGCUAAUGCAUAAACCAUCGCGCAUAAUCCCUCUCAAACUCAAUCUUCGCUCCCAAAAACUCCCAUCUAUCCUCCCCAUUUUGUAACGCAAC